AUGUCCACGUUCCGCGACAUGUUCUUCAAUCCCAUCUGGUUUUCUUUCUUACCUCUCUUCGCCACAUUGUAUGUCUUCUCACAACUGAUGCGACAAAUCAACAACAACACCAGCAGUGCCAGCGCGCUCAUAAGAUAUCCUUCAUUGCACUCACAGGUAUCUGGGGCAACACACCGACCAUUUGGACAACCGCUGGAACAAACGGGUUCACAGACGUUCGAAGCGCUCAUAAGAUAUCCUUCGCUGCAAUCACAGGUAUCUGGGGCAACGCACCGACCAUUUGGACAACCGCUGGAACAAACGGGUUCACAGACGAUCGAAGCGCUCAUAAGAUAUCCUUCGCUGCACUCACAGGUAUCUGGGGCAACACACCGACCAUUUGGACAACCGCCUUUACAAACUGGAUCACAGACGUUCGAAGCGCUCAUAAGAUAUCCCUCGCUGCACUCACAGGUAUUUGGGGCAACGCACCGACCAUUUGGACAACCGCUGGAACAAACGGGUUCACAGACGUUCGAAGCGCUCAUAAGAUAUCCCUCGCUGCACUCACAGGUAUCUGGGGCAACGCACCGACCAUUUAGACAACCGCUGGAACAAACGGGUUCACAGACGUUCAAAGCGCUCAUAACAUACCCUUUGUUACACUCGCAGGUAUCUGGGGCAACGCACCGACCAUUUGGACAACCGCUGGAACAAACGGGUUCACAGACGUUCGAAGCGCUCAUAAGAUAUCCUUCGCUGCACUCACAGGUAUCUGGGGCAACGCACCGACCAUUUGGACAACCGCUGGAACAAAUGGGUUCACAGACGUUCGAAGCGCUCAUAAGAUAUCCUUCGCUGCACUCACAGGUAUCCGGAGCAACACAUCGACCAUUCGGACAACCGCUGGUACAAACUGGGUCACAUACGUUGGAAGCGCUCUUAAGAAAUCCUUUAUUACACAGACAGGUAUCCGGAGCAACGCAACGACCAUUCGAACAACCGCUGGUACAAACUGGAUCACAUACGUUGGAAGCGCUCUUAAGAAAUCCUUUAUUACACACACAGGUAUCCGGAGCAACGCACCGACCAUUUGGACAACCACUGGAACAAACGGGUUCACAUACGUUGGAAGCGCUCUUAAGAAAUCCUUUGUUACACUCGCAGGUAUCUGGGGCAACGCACCGACCAUUUGGACAACCGCUGGAACAAACUGGUUCACAGAUUUCUGAAGGGCUCAUAAGAUAUCCUUCUCUGCACCCACAGGUAUCUGGAGCAAUGCAUCGACCAUUCGGACAACCGAGGGUACAAACUGGCUCACAGACGCCAGUGGCGUUCAGGGCAUAGCCGCUACUGCACUUGCAUACAUUUGGCGCAAUACAGAAGCCUCCCGUGCACUUAUCGCAGUG